AUGGCUCAACCACUAGAAAACCCAAGUCCUAGUCAACGAUAUCCGCCUUGCGCAAUGGUGCCGCCUUUACCCCCACCCUUCGGAUUGGCUGCCGCACUGACAGGCCCGCGUUUGCCGCUGCCCCCACCGCCCCCACCACCGCCACUACCCCCUGGUGCCUGCGCUCCACAUCCGAUGCUGAUGCUACAGUGGAUGCGCUCCCUCCUUACCCAGCCACAACCACCACCCACAUCCUCUACCGUCGCUGCCGCUGUACCACCACCGCCACCACCAACAUCGGUGCAGCCGUUUUGCGCAGCGUCGGAGGCGGUGCAACUGGCUGGACUGCUGAGUGCAGCAAAGAACGGAGCUCCGCAGCAGGGGUCAGUGCCACCGCCUCCGCCACCGUCGCUCAACUCGUAUCAGCAAGAAACGGUAGAGUGGCAACACACUAAUCAGGAGGAAUCGGAACAGCUGAGGCGAUUUCGCCAUGCCCUCUGCACUGGCAGCCUAGAUCCACAGACGAUGAAAAUGUACCAGAGUUUCAGGUACUCCCUAAAGGUGAACAAUCACGGUACACCCCGACGUAAGAACACUACCCGAGAGACCACGGGUCUAUUGAAGGCUUGGCUGAACGAGCACCGAAAUAAUCCCUACCCCAACAAGAGUGAAAAAAUUAUGCUGGCAGUGAUCACAAAGAUGAGUCUCACCCAGGUUUCCACGUGGUUUGCCAACGCACGACGUCGGUUGAAGAAAGAGAACAAGGCGACGUGGAGUUUGGCGUUGGAUCAGCAAUUCCCAGACCUAGAUGAGGGCUUCCAUGGUCCCGCUGGGGAAGAAUUUCGGGAGUGUGAGGCAUACCCAACUCCCUCGCCUCCUCCACCUCCUCGGCUUCCUCUACCACCUUAUGAGGAAGAAGGGAGAGAGGAAGACAUGGAUGCAGUAGGGGUUGGAGAGGGGAUGAAGGGGACGACAGCGACGACGCCAGAGCCCAAACGGAGUGGAAAAAUUUGGUCUGUAGUCGAGAUGACGGAAGGGAGAUAG